AGUGUUUGAUUGCUUUUGAUGGCCCUCGUUCAUCACCGGCAGCUUGAGAAAAACUUCAGCGUGAACCAGGCUAACGACCAUGGAAAAUUUGAUCCUUUUUUAUUGUGUCCCUGAUCGUUUCCUAUUAUAUUGAUUGGGGCUCGUAACUGCCAUUCGAGAUUGGAGGUUCGGGAUUUGGAACAUUUCAUGUCGACGACCAGCUCUGGUCUCGAACAGACGGUCAUCACGUGACCGUUGCCGUGUGAUUUAUCUACCCUGACGAUGAUGCGUCGCAGCCAGACAUGGGCCGCUCCGGAUUGCCUGUACGAAGAGCCCAAACUUCAGCCCAUGCUGCUCAACUACACGACAGGCUCGAUGACCCGUCUCCUGUACACGCCGCACCGUGGUGCUGACCUCCGCACCCCCAGCACCACCGGCUUCAUCAGCCGCAGCACCAGCAGCACCAGCAGCCCCAGCCUGCAGGGCUUCUACCUCAGCAAGAACAACAACACCAAAGGUGUCGGCAACCACAACACCACCAAAGGUGUCGGCAACCACAACCACCACCUCCAGCAGACACGCCUGCUCAGCUGCAGCACUAGCAACAUCAUGUCUUUACGUGAGGCGCCGGGCCGGGCGGGCGCCCCCGUCUCCAGGAGCCACUCGUUUGGCGGCGUCUCUAUCGGCUCCAACUGUUCGGGCUCCUCGGCCCCCACAGUGCUGGGCGACACGGUCAAGAGGAGUCCUCGGGUGUACGCCAAGCCACAGCUCGGGUCUAAAGCCUUCAAGAAGUCGCCCAAAGUUCCCAAAGUCCCCAGGCCGAGCAGAGCGUUGAUGGUGUUUGACAGCGUCAAGAAGGGCAUCGGGGAGUUUAUUCAGGCAACCCAUGAAGAUAUUGCACAGCUGAUGGCAAGUGAAAGUGGGACCUCUACAGCACAGGGAAAAGUACACGAAACAGAUAAGCAAAUCAAAGCAGCUGAGCGUUAUUUGAAGAGGUUAGAAUUUCAUUUGGCUAAAAUUGAUGAGCUCCAUGACUGCUAUGUCUUGAACCAGCAGCUGAGAGAAGGUGCCAAGAACAUGGCACGGGCUUACAGCGCUACAACCUCACAGAGCCGGAAAGAUUCUCUGGCUAAUGUCAAAUAUGGUUACAAGGAAUGCUCACAGACCAUGUGUGCUAUUGAAGCUCAGCUGGAAAAUAUGCUAGGCACAUUCAGCUGUAGAUUAAAAGGAAUUGCAGGAUUUGCCCGGCUGGUCCCUGGAGAUGUGUUUGAAGUGGUGAUCAAACACGGAGCACAGAAGUGGAAGACGAAGGGGCGGAUAGAGAAGAACAACACACAGAGGUGGGACACACCUGACUUCACCUUCAAGUCUUUGGUUGGGGAGACUCUCAGCAUUAAGGCGUCAGAAGUGAGAGCUUUCAAAAGUGUUUUGCUGGGACAGAAGAACUGUGAGAUCUGCCACCCCUCCACCCACGACUCCACCAGCCAAGGUCUUUUCUCCGCCAACCCCCAGCUAAUGACAGUCAGUGUCAACGUCCACGGCUCUCUGAAGCUCAGCUUUAUCAUCACAUGGAAUCCUCUGGAUGGCAUGGAUGAAUCUGUGACAUUUUUUGAGCCACCAUCAAGAGCCCAGGGCAGAAGGCCCAUGUCCUAUAUAGGAACCAACAGCAGUCCGUUUGGAAGCAACUCCGACCUGAUGUCUGUGUCAGACAAAAGAUUUACCAGUCCUAUGCAAAGUCUAAAGCAGCGGGAUGACAGUGGCAUCUAUGGUUCCGCCACCUCCUUGCCCAGUCACAUGACCCCCGACUCUCUGAGGCACGCCCACAGUUUGUCUGGCUCCCCCAUCAUGCAUGGCAGGGACCCCUCCCUGACCCCUGACCUCCACACGGGUCGCCUGCGUCCCCACAGUGUUAUAGCAUCAGAUGUGAGGAGCGUGAGGUCCCAGCCCUCACACCCCACAUCAUCAGCGAGAGAUUUUAACAGCUCCAGGCCCCACAGCACUUACAUAUCAUCCCAGUCUACACAGCAACCAGAUGGAGGUGCAGCAAGCACUUCUUCAUCCUCGUCCUCGUCCAUCUACCUGUCCCAGACAGCUCUGUCCACAUCCAGUGUCCCCCACAUCCCAGAGGUGACCCAGGCGAUGGUGCCCGGGGUCAUGAUCCACGGGGAGAUGGUACCUUAUGACGGGAGCCUGACAGUGGAGGAGGCCUUGGGCAGCCUGAUGACCACACUGGAAGAUUUUCUUGGACAUUAUACUGAGCUGCAGAAACUGGAGGAGGUGGUGCCAGUUAUAGAGGCGUUGAUAAGGAAGCCAUCAGCAACCAGCUCCAGGUCCUCUAGCAUGAGUGUGUCAAUAGACUGCGCCAUAGAGGAGGCGUUUGAGUUCCUCAACACAGAGGAAGCACUUGAGGACCUCGAGGAGGAAGAUGAGGAAGAGAAGAAAGAGAAGGAACCAGAUAGAAAAGACAAGUCCCUGUCCACCAUUGAGGAGAUCAUGAUGAGUCCUGAGUCCACGGCCAAAACUGCUGACUCUGGGAUUGAGUCUCUGGCCAAGCGCCUGCAGGAAGACACACAGCUGGGCUCCAGCAUGGGAUCCAGCCCGGUGCCGCCGUCAAGUGGCAACGAGCAAGUGGACCAGGCUCUCGUCUUUCACCUUACAUACUGUGAUAAGCUGUUAGAGAACCUAGGCAACUAUGGGCCAUUGAAGUGCCGAGAGUUUUAUGCAUUGGAUCGUCUACAAAAGCAGGCCAUUAUCUUAGAGAUUUUAGUCACCCUUGCUAAAGCUGGUCCAGAAAUAGAUUUACACGCUGUGCUAAUGGAGGAGAGUGUGGACAAGCUGGUGAGAGAGUUGUGGGUCCUGUGUGUGGACCAGACACCACUCUAUGUCCACCCAGAGAAGAUUGUCUCAGUGCUGGAGAGCAAGUACGGCCCUAAGAUAGCCGAGCACUACGACAUCAAACCAACCAGAGUGUUUCACCAGCUGAUGGCCCGCCUCCUGGAUGUCCCCGCCUACCUGCCUGAGAUUGGCAGGACAUCAAUCAUCACUUUACACCAGUUCAUGUUGUACUUCAAGGACGGGGAAGGUUUAAACAAAAUGGAAGGCAUUGCAGAAGAAUUGAGGCUGAUGGAUCGCCUGAACUCUGGAACUGCUGACACUGUCAUCAAAGCAAUACUGACACUAAGAGAGGAGCUGCCACCCCCCACAUGUCUGAAGAUGCUCAGCAAACUUCUGGCCAGCGGCAGCAAGGAGACCCAGCAAUCUGCAGCUUCAUAUCUACGCAUCAUAAACAGAGAGAAAUCAAAACGAGACAAGGCUAUGGUUAUCUUAGUUGAAGGAUUGGAGGAUCACAUAGCAGAAGUCAGAGCUGGAUGCUGUGCUGCUUUAUCAAUCCUUGAGGCUGAGGAGAGUAUAGACCAGCUGGUACAUGUCAGCCAAUCAGAUUCAUUGUCAACAGUCAGAAGAAAAGCUAAAGAAGCUUUGUAUUCAUUAGGUGACGCAGGUAGGAAGGCUGUAGAAGAAGCUCAGCUGGGCUCGCAAGGAUUCCAGGGUCUACAGAUGAGAAAACUUUAGCCAGGAAACACAAGGAUUAGCUGCUUUAUGUAAAUUUGUUUAAACUUGCCUAUCCGCAAUUAGUAAUUAAAUAUUCAUAGUUUCUAUUCUCUCUCAAUUGUAAAGGUUUUUAACAAUUUUUUUUUUAAUUCAUGUACAUUUCCAGUUGAUCUUUUUCAUGUACAUUGUUGCUUUCUGUAAAUUAGUUCAACUGUGGCCAUUAGCUCAAGUUUCUGAUUGUUCUAAGUUUGCAAAAUAUGAAUGAAUGAAGCUGUGACUGGACAAACUUGGUUGUGUUUGGCUGUGAAGGAAUGUAAGAAACUGUACUCAUAUCACUGUCAUUGUAUUUGCUGAACAAACCUAUGGUUUGAUAGAACACAGGGAUUGAUUUUUUUGAUAAUCAGGUUUUUUUUAAAUUAAAGAUCAAUACCACUCUAGUCAGACAUUAUUUUUACACCAAUAGUAGUUUCGAUUUCACAGGUACCCUGAGCAAGUCCAAGGUCAGCUAUUUUUAAUUUUAAGAUUUUUUAUGAAACACAAUUUCUUGACAACACUUUUUGUUUUAGAAGGUGUUGACUCACCCAAUAUACCUCACAGUUGUGUUAACUGCAUUUAUCAUGUUCUAAACAAAUGUGUAAGAUUAAAACCUCUGCUAUAUUCUAUUUGUUUUCACACUGUAAUCUGUGUUAAUAGAGUUAGUCAAAUAUUUAUUCUAGUAAAGCCUAAAUGAACAGUCAUUGUUCUAACUUCUACUAGUCCCUGACAGUUUUAGAAAAGUGAACUGUGAAUUAAAUCCCUUAUAUAUUUUGUUGACUAGUCAAUCAUAUCAAUGAUUAGAAACACUUUUGUACAAUUGUAGUCUUUAAAAUAAUUUUUUUUUACAAAGUCGCAAAUCCAUGUAGGAGUAUUUAUAUUAAUAUUCAUUUAUAUAUGUGCACAUUUUGCUGUAUAUAUACUUUGUCCAUUACCAUCCAAUAGCAUUUAUUUUAAUCCAGUCACUAUUGAUAUGCUGUCUGCUAUCGCAAGAAUAUUUUUUACAAGAUUUAACCAUGCUGUACAAAAAUCAGUUUGUAGCUUGUUUUAUUAGGAAACUUCCUCCAUUCAGAUGUGAGAUUAAUUUAUAAUGAUUUGUUUAAAAAAUAAAAAAUAAGCUAAAGAUAAAUAUACUAUAUAUAUAUAUAAAUAAAUCUGUCAUACAGUUAGGUUUCCCUCACAGAUGGGGUCUGAUAGUUUUGAAAUCCACGUCAUAUUUAUUUGUCAUAUUUAUAGAAUAAAUGCUGCAUUAUGUGUACAGUUUUGUGGACAAAGUUCCAUUGAACAAAUAUAUAAACACAAUUUACCUUUGGUGUAUAUUAAAUUCUCGAAACAAAAUACUCAAAAACAGAAAAUAAUAGACAUUGAUACGUUUUUUAAAAGUUGUACCUCAUUUAACCCAAUUUUUCAGUUAUUUAAUUCAGUUAAAUAUUGUUUUGUACAAAAACAGUCAAGGAUAUCUUUUUCAAUAACUCUAAACAAUGUUAGAAUGUUAUGAUUUUUAUUGAUACAAGUCUAUUUUUGUGAUUGGCAUAUCCAGCGCUCUUUCAUGAUUGUUUCUUUGCUUGAACUGUCCCUCUAGAAGUCUGUGAGUACCAAGGUGUGAACCCUAAAGUGAUCUGGGUUAUGAUAUUAUUUGAUACAUUUGCAUGAUAGAAGACAAUGCCCUGUACAUAUACCUUUACUUUUCAAUGGCUAAAACAAUUUUGGUGUGUUUGAAAGGCUGAAUGUGGGUUUUAGUGUUUGUUAUGAUGCUGAAACAUUUGAUGAAGUUUUAAUGAACAUUUUUAAGAUAAGUUAUGCUCAAUAAUUAUUAUUGGGUAAAUUCAGUUUUGUAUAAAGUAAAUCGUAUAUGUAAAAAUAACAUUCAAACAUAGUGAAUAUCACUUGCUUUAUCAUUACAAAAUUAGUUGAAUUUUUAAUAUUUCAGCUGGUUUUAGUACAAAUAAAUAUGCAGCUAUGUUUAUCUUAUUACUUUGUUAUCCUUGCAUUUUUAUUCGAGUUAUUUGUAUUUGCAAAAAGUUAUGUUUGAAAUAAACUGGUGUGUAGAUUAUUCCAUGUUUUUAGUAGCCAUAUUUUCAUACAAGAUGUUUUCAAACUUCAGUUUUGUAAUAGUGUUAGGUAAAUUGUUUUUUUAUUGUUUAGAGGAAAUCCUAAGUAUGCUGGUACAUUGUGUUGUUAGGAACUUUGUAGUUUACUUUGUCCUCUGGUUCUCAAAUCACUAGUCUACCAGUACUACUUACAAUUAUAACAUAUAGCAAAAAUUCUUUUUGUUUUUUCCAAAUAUAAAUCAAAUAAUGGAAAUAGACAUUUUUUGUACAGAUUCCUUGCUACAUAAAUAUGCUAUAUAUAUAUUUCUUUGUUGACUUUGUUUGAUAUUUAUAUACCAUACUAGAACCAAAUCCUGCACAAUGUCAUGUAUGUAAAGGUGGAGUUUUGAGCUCUCAACUGUGAUGCAUCCUAUAAAUAUAAUCCUACACCAUAACUUUUCAUUGUAGGGAUAAUUAGAAUAUUUAGAUAAUAAUAGACAUAAUCAUAUUUGCAACAAAAAUGUUUCAGUUAUGCAAAGGCUUUAUUUCAUAUAAUUUAGACAAACAUUUUUUUAUUUAACAGCCAUUAGUUGUUUGUUUUUUUUCAUAAAAGAAUUUACUAUAUUGAUCUUAACAUUUAUACAUCUGCAUUCCAUCAAUUGAAAAAUUUCUAUGUAAACAAUAAUUCAUCUCUAUUGAAUUCGGACUCCUUUCCUAAACAUUUAAAAUAUAAAUACAUGUUUUUUUUUUAAUAAAUUUUCUUUUUUUUUUUGACAUAAAAAGAAAAUCUGAGCUUCCAGGAUGUUUAAAUGCUCAUUGUAUUUGUAUUGUAGCUUUUAGAGGUUUGCUAAUAUCUAGGGACAGUUUUUAGACUACACAUUGAAAGGCAUAGUUUGCAUAGCUUUUGGAGAAUUGUAACUUAUCUAGGUAGAUACCAAAUUUUGAACAUUUUAUUUACAAUUUGUAAUUAUCCAUUACAAUGAAAAUGAUGUUAUUAGAAAUAGAUAUUCCUUUUUUUUUAAAAAAUCAAACCUUAAAUAGAGGGGUACAAGCUUAAAUGAAUGUUGUGUACACUUGAUUUGCAUGAUAUUUUCCCUUUUUUUUACCUGAAUUUUGAUUCCUCUUUGGAUGCAAACCUAAAGGGGAGACCACUUUCUGUUAUGCGAUGUGGUUAUUACAAUAAAAUAAUUUUACACUAAA